AUGUGGAAAAUCAUUCCCUGCUGCUUUUUCAUAGCAUGGUGUUCCAUUUUCCUUAGAGUAUCCCGUUGCAAAAAAAUACUCUUCCUAGACUUACUGAAUGGGGGAAAUAUAAUGUUUAAAAAGAAAGUACACAUAAAUAAGAGACCAUUGAACAAUCGGGAAUAUUUCUCAAAUCAUCCUCUACAUGUAAAUCGAAACGCAGAACAAACAAUAACAAAAAAUGAUGAAACUUCCUACACAACCAACGAUGACAGAGAUGAAAACAUAUUGCAACAUUAUAUUUAUACCUUAUCACAUUUAACCAUUUUCGAUAUAGAUAGGGAAAAAAAUAUACCUUUAAAUAUAGCUCUACUUUUAAAAGCAUGCUUAGCAUCCCAUAACUAUAUUAAAAAUGUUGAAAUAUUCACAUCAGAUGUACAGAACAAAGAAGUAUGUUCAUUUAUAUAUGAAAACAGAAAAAAUUUUGAAACGUUUUUUAAUUUACAUAUUAUGAAAUAUGUAGAAUUUUUUGAAACCCCUAAAAUAAUGGAGACAUUAAAAUCGUAUAUUGAUGAUAAGAAGGUGUAUGAAAAGGAAUUAGAAAUUUUUAGACGAAUCAAUACAAAUACUAAAUUGAGAAAAGAUAUCUUACAAGACAUACUAUUUGAAUGUACAAGAUUGAACAAAAUCAUUCAGUAUUCCCUAGCAAUUAACAAAUUAGACUUAUUUUCAUACCCUGUCAUGUUUAAGCUAUUUGCUUACUUUAAAAAUAAUGAUAUAUAUUAUUAUAUAUUUAUAAAUAAUAUCAACAAGAUUAAAUAUUAUUAUGAAACCAAAAACAUAAAAGAAGAAGAUAAAAAAAACAUAUACAAAAUUGUAGAUUCUUAUUUAUACAUAUUCGAUCGAAUGAAUGCCACGUAUCAAGGUUCUGAUGUAUCAUGA